CUGGAGUGUGCUUUGGGUCGUAGCUGUGCGAGCCAAAAGGUCCAGUUACCCUCUGGCUAGAUUUGGACUCCUCUUUCUCUAUCGCUCUCUCUUCAGAGGUAUCUCUUUCUGCAUUUAGUACUUCUGGUUUUAAAAAAAUCUUACUUCAUUCAUAAAUUUAUAUAAUCAGAGAGCUAACCAAGUCGGUUCUAUCUAUGUGAAAGAAGGAAGAAAGAGGUCCUGAGUCCCUUUGCAGUUGGGGAUUCCUAACUUGCUUGACUGCGUGUACAUUUCACACUAUUUGCUUGACAAGGGAGCCAAGACCAUGUGUUUCUCAUUCACGACUUGGUGUGCAGAAGAGGAGGAUGGCGAAGAAAAUAAUCUGAAGAUUUUUGAGGAGAGAAGAGACCGGGCUUUCGCUCUGUUGUGAAGUCUGCUGAGAUAAACAGCCAUUCACGCAUUCUGCAUUUUAAAUUCCAGGCACAGCCUGAAUCCCAAAGAGGAACUUCUCCAAGGAGCUGGCAGACUGAGCCUGACUGAUGGUAAAGCCAUGGGGCUGAGUCAUGUCUGCCUGCAGCUGCUGAGACACUGAGGUCUGAAACCCUGGCGAGGACUGGCUCUGCUCCCUUGGAGGAAAUGGCCGAGCAGCCUCAGCCACAGCAGAUGAAAACUUCCUUCCUUUUCAUCCAGCUGCAGCCCCCACCAACCCAAGCUACCCAAACUCUCCCCGCCCCUUCUCCAGCAACCGCAGUCGCAACAGCAGCCCCAGGGGGCCUGGAGGAGGGACACAUUUUCCCAAGUCCCAGAGCAAGCUUCUUCUCUGCUCCCUGGAACUUCAGAUGUACGCAGGGCUUAGCUCCAUCGCCUUCGAGUCUCCUGCCCGGGGAAGGCCCUGGAACACUGAGACCAGCUGCUUUCGAUUGCUACUCACUGAAGGAAAAGAAGGAAGAAACAGAGAAAUCUCAGAAUCUGCAUGUAAAGAGGAGUGGGGUUUGUGGAUCCCCACAUAGUAGGCGUUGCCUGGUCCCUGCUUCUAGGAAACUUGGCCUACCACAACAACUGCCAUGUAGGCUUGCUAGCCCAGCUCCUACACUGAAUGAUAGAAACAGCAGUCCUUCCAUAGGCUGGAAGCACCGGCCAGUCAUUUCUGCCCACGGGGACCUGUGGGAUAUGGACCCAGAAGCCAGGAAUGCCAUCGAAUUCUCAGUUCCACAAAGCACCCUGUCCUAUGCAGCUGACAGGGGCAAAAGGGCACUCCAGAGGAGAGGGACUGUAAACCAAGAGGUACUCCCAAAGAACUGUGAAGAAGACAUAGGUACCACAGUGCUGGCAACAAGGGCACAGCUCUUCAGAUAUUGCCCCACCAUUCAGAUCAGCCAGAGUUGCCUGGCCCCACCUGCUGCUGUGCCUCUCAAGGCAGAGCCGUUUGUUUGGGUUAACAGUGCAUCAGCACAUUCUCAGAGUGUUGCCAAGGCAAAGUACGAAUUUCUGUUUGGCAAGUCAGAAGAGAAAACUCCGGAUUCUAGUGAUCAUGGAGGAAGCACUUUACUCCCACCGACUGUCACAAAUGAAUUUCCAGAAUAUGGGACCAUGGAAGAAGGAGGGGAAGGCCUCAGAGCCUCUCUAGACUUUGAUGCAAAGUCUCCACCAUGCCGCUUGCCUGGGCAGCAGGCAGUCCACCUUCUUGCGGGACAAGACUCUAUACUUAACAGUGUUACAGAAGGACCAAACGACGCCCCACAGUGUCACCCUCAGGAACAAAGUUUACAACCCAUCGACUCUUUAAUUUCUGCUCUGAAAGCUACGGAAGCCAGAAUAGCUUCAGGAACAUUUCAAGCUACAAAGGUACUGGACAAAGAUGCUAACUUUUCAGUUUACCAGGUGGAUAAAGAACUGAGUACUGCCAGUCAUAAGCCACAGAGAGCCCAUAGAACAUUUCCUGUUGGCCCAGGAAAAUCACCAGAUAUACCUCUUUCAGCGGAAGUACCAACGGAGGAAAACUUGUCUUUGCACAUCCAGGAGGAUCUGUCUGCACUCUUACCUGAAGAAGCUCAAGCACAUCGGUCCCAGAUAACUAAUUACAGGAGGCAGGGGCCUCUCCGUGUGCCAGAGUCAGCAUGUCCUGUGUCCUCAAGCUCAGCAGGGAGCCAUAACCCUGUGGACAGAGUUGGUGCUUUAAGAGAGCAGAGGUCUGACCUUGGAAGAGAGCACCCUAGAGGCUAUGAUCGGGGAGGCUCCAUGGGGCGCCAAGGCCGGAUCAAACAUGUAGAAUUUCAAGGAGUAGAGAUACUGUGGACAGGAGAGGAGGCUGAGAGCCGACAUCCACCAGAAAGGACAGCCUCGCCUGUGAGCAAGGAGUUUGCCAAACGGCCAAGUCAUUCUAGCCCAGCUUGUGGUGUGUGUAGCACCUCCACUCAUUUAACUGGGGAUGUUUGGGAUGAAACUUGCAAAGCCCCUUCCGAAAGGCCGGGCACAAGCGCAGGCACACUGUCCCCUAUGCCUCUCGGUGAGAGUGGAGAGGAUGACGUCUUUCUGAGAGAAAGCAAAGAACACCUUGAGGAGAACUUUGCUAUACAGGGAGACAAAGAAAGGAUUCUCGAUCAAGAGGAGCACCUUAGGGGAGAUGAUGAUAUUCUUGGGCCUGGAUAUACGGAGGACUCCACUGAUGUGUACAGCAGCCAAUUCGAAACUAUUUUGGACAACACUUCCCUAUACUACAGUGCAGAGUCAUUAGAGACACUGUAUUCGGAACCGGAUAGCUAUUUUAGCUUUGAAAUGCCGCUUACUCCAAUGAUACAGCAGCGCAUUAAAGAAGGCGGUCAGUUCUUGGAGAGGACCUCUGUGGGAGGACAGCAUGAUGUGCUGAGUGUGUCAGCAGAUGGUGGGAUAGUGAUGGGCUAUUCUGCAGGGAUCACCAACGGAUUGCACGAUUCUGCCAACUCUGUCUACACCAGAGGCCCUCAAGAGAUUGCCUUCUGGGGAAGUAGGGACCGUUGCUUUGCUGAGGGGAAAACAACAGGAGUAGAUGCUGGUUCUGAAAUGGGGAGCACUGACAUUCUGGAAAAGGAGACCACAGAAAGUCUCAGCAAUGGGACCAACAGCAAUGUGGAAGCAGCUAAAAGAUUGGCCAAACGCUUGUAUCAUCUAGACAGAUUCAAGAGAUCGGACGUUGCAAAACAUCUAGGCAAAAACAAUGAAUUUAGCAAGCUAGUUGCAGAGGAGUAUCUGAAGUUUUUUGAUUUCACGGGGAUGACGCUGGAUCAGUCUCUCAGGUAUUUUUUAAAAGCAUUUUCUCUUGUGGGAGAAACCCAGGAGCGUGAGAGAGUAUUAAUACAUUUUUCCAAUAGAUAUUUUUCUUGUAAUCCAGACACUAUCACCUCAAAAGAUGGAGUUCAUUGCCUCACCUGUGCUAUGAUGCUGCUCAACACAGAUCUGCAUGGCCAUAAUAUUGGAAAGAAGAUGACUUGCCAGGAGUUCAUUACAAAUCUCCAAGGAGUAAAUGAAGGUGGGGAUUUCUCCAAGGAUCUUCUGAAAGCUCUGUACAACUCAAUCAAGAACGAGAAGCUUGAAUGGGCAGUAGAUGAUGAAGAGAAAAAAAAAUCCCCCUCAGAAGGUACUGAUGAGAAGGCUAAUGGAACGCACCCAAAGACUAUCAGUCGUAUUGGGAGUACAACGAACCCAUUUUUGGACAUUCCUCAUGACCCGAAUGCUGCUGUAUACAAAAGUGGAUUUUUGGCUCGUAAAAUCCACGCAGACAUGGAUGGAAAGAAGACUCCAAGAGGAAAGCGAGGAUGGAAAACCUUUUAUGCUGUCCUGAAGGGAACCGUUCUUUACUUACAGAAGGAUGAGUAUAAGCCAGAGAAGUCUCUGUCCGAUGAAGACUUGAAGAAUGCGGUGAGUGUGCACCACGCUCUGGCGUCCAAGGCCACUGACUAUGAGAAGAAGCCGAACGUGUUUAAACUCAAGACUGCGGACUGGAGGGUCUUGCUUUUCCAAACCCAGAGUCCAGAGGAAAUGCAAGGCUGGAUAAACAAAAUUAACUGUGUGGCAGCUGUGUUUUCUGCACCGCCUUUCCCAGCAGCCAUUGGCUCUCAGAAGAAGUUUAGCCGCCCACUUCUGCCAGCCACUACAACAAAAUUAUCCCAGGAGGAGCAGCUGAAGUCCCAUGAAAGCAAGCUGAAGCAGAUCACCACUGAGCUGGCUGAGCAUCGCUCAUAUCCCCCAGACAAGAAGGUCAAAGCCAAGGAUGUUGAUGAGUACAAGCUGAAAGACCACUAUCUGGAGUUCGAGAAAACCCGUUAUGAGAUUUAUGUCAGCGUUCUGAAAGAAGGAGGCAAAGAGCUCCUGACUACCGAUGGAAAUGAGCCCGUGGGACUGAAGAAGUCACACUCAAGUCCCUCCCUCAACCCAGAUGCAUCUCCAGUCACUGCCAAGGUCAAGCGCAACGUGUCAGAGAGAAAAGACCACCGACCUGAAACACCGGGCAUUAAGCAAAAAGUUACUUAGAAUCCAUCCGCGGCCAGGAGGUGCUGGUCAUGGAACAAAAUAGGGUUUUUCAAGAUCUUUCUGGUAAUCCGUGAAUAUAUUUAAAAAACAGUCUGUGACUAAACGGUGCAUUAGUAACCUUUUCUAUUAUAUAUUUUUGUUAGUUUCUGUACAGGUGUCUUUGCUCUUGAGUUCCUUUGCUUUGAUGAUUUGGACAACUUUAUAACUAAUGCACCUUUUGUGAGGAGGAGGAGGAGGGCUACAGAUCCUUUCUCUUCGGCUUUCUCUUAUUUGCACUUCUAUACAGUUAUUUUGUGUAUUACCAAUCAGUUGUUGUAUUUUUUUUUAGGUUUAAAUUUUUAAUCCAUUGUGAAACCCAUAACUGGACAAGCAUUGUGCUUUUAGUAAAUCCUAGACUUUACAUGUGAAAUCCUGCCCAGUCACGGAGGUGAAGUUGAAAGUUCAUAGUUGCUCACAUGAAAAUGGCAGCGCUGGGAGUCGAGGUGUCCCAAGAUAGGACACUUCUGCGUUCUUCCUGGCACCUGUUGUUGGUGCUGGACACAGGACAAAAGGGAGCACGAGGAUGACAGGACUGGAGACCUUAGGGAGGCACAGGAGUUUGUCUCAGGUGUGCAUUCCAUUCCAGCCAUGCAAGGGAAUUCAGAAGUGGAGUCAUCUUGCUUGAAGGGAGCCUGAGGAUGGCUUGAUCCCGAGCCACUUUUGUUUUCUAAAGGCUGGUGGCAGUAAUCAGCUCUUUGGAACUGUAGCAGUAGGAUGUAUGGUCUUCUAUAGAAAUGUUACCUCACUCCCAUGGAAUCUAGACUAGGAAUCAAAAUCAUCUCUGUGAUUGAUACCUUUCCAUCCAGGAAUAGAUUCAUUUAACAUAGAUGUACAGGCAUAGAUCAUGUCCUGGUUGAAACAAAACAAUGUUGGAAAUGAAUACCACCUUCCCCCACACAUACUCUUCUCUUUCUUUUCUAUAUCAAGACAAAUAAGGAGCAACACAGAUGCAGUUCUUCAUCAAGAUCAGGCCAUCAGACGGGCUAUGAAAUCAGUCUGAUCACAGUGACCGAGGAUGGAGGGGUCUGAUGUAUGAGCAGCGUCUUAGCUUAUUCUCAUCUCCACCUCUACAGCGGUCUUGCUAUGCCACUAUUAAGAUUGCUCCUGGAAUUACUUGUAUACAUUUAAUCUUAUUUUUUUCCUGCAUUCAAAAUGGUUUCACUUUACAGUCAAAGCAGUCCCUUUACAAUUUAAAGUAUUAAGUAGAGUAUUGUCUGUAGAGGAAGAAAAAGGCGUAAAAGGUGAACUUCCUCUGUGGCUGAAAACUGUCCAGUUUCCAGCCUUGAAACUGUAUUCUCUAAAACUACUAUCUUCCCAUCAAAAUAUCUUCAAAAACUAACAGGAUGACAUUUAGAUAUUCUUUAUUCUCCUUAAAUAUUUCCUCUAUUUCGACUUGGUUAGUUGAAGGUACUAUGACCAGAGAAUCAGCUGCUCUUGCAUGAAUAGCAUGAUUCUAGUAAGUUAGAGUAAGCCUGUUAAAAAAUCCCGGUAGUUUAUAGAGACAUCUCGUUAGGAUGUACUAGCAUUUAGUCACAGGACUGUGUGUUAGCCUGUACUUCUUUCACCUCUGUACAUGCCCACCUUGCUUGUGCCCCGGAAUAGUAACACUUCUCUCCAAUACGGUAGCUGCUUGCUUCAUGGUAUUUUGCCACACUAUUGGAAAAACUUCCCUAAACUUCUAUCUUGUUUAAGUAAAGGCAGUGAUUUAAUUUAUAUCUCAGAACCAUGAAGCGAAUAUGAUAGUUAACAUUGUGGCUCCAUAUACCUGAACUAUUUCAUAGCAUCCUAGUGAAUCCAAUAUUCCCCAAGCAAGUUGCCUUUCUUCUAGAAGGUGAACUAUCACUGUCUGCUUUUUGCCUAAGUAUUUGUAAUCCCUGAAGGGAAAGGUACCAAGACCUUGGAGUCUUGAGCAUCAUCUUAGAGCAUCAGUAGCUGAACAGUUAACAUGUCUAAAUGUGUUUGUCCACAGUGUGUGCUAUAUGUAUAGAAUGUUUGUGUGUACUUAUGUAGAGUAUCUAAUAUACAUUGAAUGGUACCUUGCUGCAGAGUUUCUGACAUGGAGAAUUGUCUAGGACUACCCUUAGCAUUAGCUCUGCCACUGUUCCUGUUACAGGACUCACUAGUGUUGGCUCUAGAGCUUCUGGACAUGCUUAUAGAUAAUCAGAUCACAAAGGCACUUUUAAAGCUGUGGACUACUCUGUCUACAUCAUUUAUCUUGAAAAAUAACUGAAGCAGUCUUUUGUGAGUCAGAAUCCCAGCCUGCCCUAGUGUAAUGCUGUCUACCUUUGGGGAUAGGCUAAAAAUGUGUCUUCCCUGAGGCCUCUGGAAGGAUGCUGCAUUCUCAGAUCUGAUGGGACUCUAAGAGUCUGGCCCAUAGUCAGCCCCAUUUCUCCCACAGUAUUGAUUCCUAAGAAAUGGAAGGUGGUCCAUUGAACAGCUCUGCUAAGCCUGUUGCCCAGUACACGGUACCGGGAGCUCUUGUCCCUUUCCUUUCCAUGGUACUUCAUCCUGUCCCUCCUAUACCUACUGUCAUCCCUACCUCGGUGCCCUGGAGUCUUGGAAUUCCUCUCCAUAUGAUAAAGCAUUAUUUAUCUUACAUUAAUACCUUAAAGGAUGGUUCUUAGUAUUGAAAAUAUGAACAAGACAUCAAAAGACUUUGAUGAUAGUCUUGUUGAAAAACUGACCAUUGAAGUACCCCUUGUAUAAAAUCUGUGUGUAUCUUGGGCUUCACCCCUACCCCCACAUGCUAGCUUCUAAAAAGAUUUACCAGGAACCCAGUUUUAAAAAUUCUACUUAGAGUCCUUGUUUUAUUGGUAUAUCGUUAGCAUUUCUGAAAAUGUUUUUCUAAAAGUCUAUAUAAUUUAUCUAACUCUUAGUAAUGCCUAAUUAAGUCAACUGUUACUUAUUUAUGUUUCCAUUAUUCCAAAGGAAACCAGCAUGUAGAAGACUCCUCUGGUUGAAAUAGCUUAUAGGUUAUAUGUAACUUUUUAAAAUUGUGCUUAGAUAGAGCCAUUUUCUCAUGCAACGAUCUUGUAUAGUGUGUAAGGUGCUCUGUGCCCCUCUGUUUUUUCCCCUCAUCCUGAAGGUAAGGACUAUUUCCAAGGCAAAUGUAGUGUAAGGGAAUUGGUUCUGAAAGAGGAAAACUUACUGGUUUUCAAGGCCCAGCUAGGGUUGUGUUCUAAUCUCCUUGGGAAGUUGAGAGCAGGAAGGUACAAAGGUUCUUCUUCGCCUUCUGCCCCUUUAUCAUGUAAAGAACAAGGAUGAAGGACCAUGCUCUGAAAUAAGAAAAGACCGUCCUGAAAUACUCAUCAUCUGUCUUUUUUAUUAGAAGUCAAUUUUCCAUUGUCUUUCCAAAUAAGAGAGACCUUAGAGGAAGUUAGCUGAACAUGGAAAUUUAAUUCUUUGGCUUUUUUUUUCUAUUAAUCAUCAGUUCAACCUUGCUUGGCAUUAAGUUUGUUAGUUCUGAACACCUAAGUAUUUGUGGCUUAGCUAUUAUGGAUACAAGAUAUUUUUCAGACCAGCAGCCACGUUCCUGGUUUUGGCAGAAAAUGAUAGUGUUGUAGUUCAAGUAGCAGUGUAUUUUCCCUAUAAAGCUCACACUAGCACCGAAGCAGAAUCAUAGCAUCAGUUAAACAUAUACUGCAGUUCAAGAAUGAUAAUGCAUCUUGGGGUCUGAGGCAUAUCAGCUCUUGUUUCAGAGCAUCUGUGUUACUCAGACAGAAACAGACCAGACAGUUUUACAGGCUCCAGCACCUCUUUCUUACCUUCAUUCACCCAGGCCAGGCAGCUGGUAAAUUAGCAGAAGUCUCGGCACCCAUUUGACAUCCGUUGUCAUCAUGCCUUCCAGAGGACUCUAUCAAGCCACAAAAACUAAUCCCUGGCAUAUUACAGAGGUACUUUGUCACUGCACUUCCUUUCAGACUCCAUUUCAUCCUUCAUACUUAACAGGACUGAUAUCUGAGGUCAUUCUCAUUCUGUAUCUAUAGUGGGCAUCUUAUAGCAGUUGGCUCAUUGCAUGUGGAGAGAAUGUCAGUAAAUACUUGAAUCUGCAUGGCAGUUUGCUGACGUGUAUGCAAGAGCAAGGAGCGAGGAAUGCAGCAAGUUACUUGUACAUACAGUAGGUUUCCUUAGGUCUUGUGGGCACAUCCCUUGUAAUUUAUAUGUAUAUCUGUUGUACUGAAGCAUUUGGGGAAAUACUUGUAUAGAAAGUAUGUAUGUCAUAUGUCAAAGGAAAUGCUUUCUGUCCCCUGCCAAUGUUGUAUUUGUGGGUAUUUAUAGUUGUAUGUAUGUAUGUACAUCAAUGUGUAGAUUGUGUAUCAGUAUAUGGUAUAUGUAUGUUGAAAUUAUUUUUGUCUUUUAGCAACCAGUAUAAUAUGAAAAGAAAGUUUAAAAACCUCAUAGGAAUGACUAUAUAGUACAGUUGUUGAGAAUUCAUACAGUGGUAUCAUUUUAUUAAACUUAAAUUCAAAUGAUAUUUUGAUUAAAUUUUUAGUAAGACUUUACACUAGAAAAUUCCAUCUUUAAGCUUUGAAUUACCAGGGCAAAAAAAAAAUGACUUUAAACUAAACUUGUGAAUCUAUUGAAGUGUACAGUGUGCAAUACAGUGAGAACUCAUUAUAAUAUAGGAAAUACAGCAGAAGUGGAGGGGAAAUCCAGCCUGGGCCGUCUUAGCAACUUUAGUAUUAAGAGCACUUAAAAAUAAAGUUGAGCUGAUAACUUAGGGCUUAUUACAAAAGGUGAUGCUUUCAAGCUCACGUUCUUUAUUGUUGUAAUUAGUCCAGAAAAAAAUACAUAGCUUUCUGAAGAACUAAGUAACUACCCAGUGUAUCUUCUAUGUGCUGGUGUGUAUUUUAGAGUAGAUCACUCUCCUGGUGCCGCAUCUUUACCCUCUUUGAUACAAAAGAAUAUCACAGAUACUGAAGUCUAUCAGGGCAUCCCAAGAUCGGGUACUGUAUUCCAGGUUUGCAAUUGCACAAAUUAACAGCUAGUGUUGUAGGUAAAAGGACUUAAGGAACAGGUUAGACUUUAUUUAAUAUUUUUAUACUUCAAUCUCUUUUUUCCUGACUCUCCCCAAAGAAGAGCCACUGGCCUUAGUUGUUUAAUGUUAUUGCUUAUAUUAUAAAGUGUAAAUAGUAACUAAAGUUUUAUUAACCAGCAUGUUUGGUAUAUUUAAAGCAGUGACUGAGUGUGUUUGAGUGUGUGGUUGAGUGCAGUGCCUGUUGGAAUGCACUGCCUCAUGUCUCCAUGUCUGAGUCAGAGAAUUAGAAGUGUGGGGUCUCAGACUCCACUUCAGCUCCAGGCUACAGUCCUGUAUUGGCAGUUACACUUGAGUUUAGUUUUUUAUUAACUCCUCAGUCUCAAACUAUUUUUUAUAAAUUAUAUUUCUCGAUUUGGUUUUAUGUGUGAUCGGCUGGCUCUGUGGAUAAUCAGCAGGGCUUCUGCAAGAAUAUUUCCUUCUAAGAAUUCCCUGGGAUUUGCAGAAAACAGCCAUCGAUUCAUAAAUUGAGUAGUAGAACUAAGGUAUGUUUUAGGUCGUAGCUACUUGAAAAGUUUUAAUUUUAAUAUGAAGCCAUGAAAGUUGUAAAGCCAAGUAAUCAUUUGACAUGGAUAAUAAUAUUCACACUAGAGAGUAUAUAUGCACAUUAAAUUUUUAUGUCAUUAGAAUACUUUUUUAAGCUUUAGGAAUAAGAGUAAUUAGACCAAAUUAAAGUGCAGGGGUGAGCUGGCUGUUUUCCACCUGGAGUAGUCAUGUAUUAUUAAAUCUUCAACUAAGAGAUGCAAAACUGAGUAACUAACUGCUCCCUUAGGUGUUUAAGGAGAAGAUUGACAGGCAUAGAACCUCAUCUGUGUAUGUACACACACACACACACAGAGAGAGAGAGAGAGAGAGAGAGAGAGAGAGAGAGAGAGAGAGAGGACGAGAAAAAAGUUUUAAGCUAUACAAAUGUAUUAUCUUAAGACACCAAGGGCCAGAGUAUUCUAGAGGUGAUGAAUGGAGGCAGUGGAAACUGUAUCAUAGAUGUAUUCCAAGAACCAGGGGAAAUGAUGGAGUGCUGGUGUCUGACUCUGAGAGAGGGCGGGGACGGAUGCUGCGUCCUGCUAGUGGAUACCAACUUGAAGGAAUUCUUGUGACCCAUAGGCAGUGACUCCAGAAUCCCCCACUAGCACUCUGCAGAUCAUUUCUUUCAGAGGAGAGUGUAAAUGGAGAAGCCAUAUUACCUUCAGAGCCCAAGGUGUGGUUUGCCUGCCAUGGCUUCUCAGAUGUAGGUGAAAGAGUUUGCACUGAACUGUGCUAAAACAGCGGAGCGUUGUCCACAGGCCAGGAUCUUCAGGAUGAAAACAGGCUGGAACCCAAACACAAUGCACUUUUGCAGGGGAGAGCUCAGCUCUGAUAAUAAGCAUGUUGACUUCAAUUUGGAAAGCACUGGUGAAUGGAGAGAACUUUGGAGGUUCACUUAGAGUUCCCCCAUUGGUCUAUAUCAGUCUUUGAACCCACCCUCAAGUCCCAGCCUCAAGGCUCAAUGAAAAAUCUCAUGGCAGGUGUGAGGCUCACUGCUCUGGGUGUGAGGCUAGGGCAGUGGAGAGCAGGGUGAUCUUACCUCGCAGAAGCGUCCCCUUGGCCUUCUUCUCCACUUGGGCUUCUGCUCAGCAGCAGGAAUAUUCCGGGUUCCAGGUUCAUUAGGAAUCCAGCUGUCCCAGUGGCUUGACCCUGUUUAGGCAAGAUAUCAGCUCUGAGGGUGACCCGGUCACAGAGGAAGGCAAGUUUGACAAGAUCCUGCAGUUUGAAGCAAAACUGUGUUUUGUCUUUUUCAAGAAACAAAUGGGCGCAUUGAGUUUUGGUCAGUGUCAGAGGAUAUCUUUCUCUUUGCUCCCAGAUUUCCAGAAAUGGAUAAUGUUUUCAUUUCUGUGGGAAGGGUCAAGAAACAUAAAAUUGCUCAACAGUGCUCAGCUCCCUGAGAGUUGUUGAGCGAAGGCCGACAUGCCUCCCUGCAUCCUCUUCUACCUCAAGUUUUUGGAACUGAAUUCUGGGACAGAAAUUUACACAAGAAGCCAUGUUGCCAGCCCUGGUUACUGUGGGAUGCACAUUGGGAUGACAGUCUUUAUCUUUAAGAUAAACAGGAGCUGGGCUUUGACAGCCUACUGCCCAGUUUAUAUCUACUGUAGUUUCAAAUGAUUGGCAAUGCAUAGCAUUCCUUACCUUCAAAGUUUUCUCCAUUGGUCAUUUCUGUAUCACUGCGGUUCUGGUGUCAUAUGCCCCUGCAAAUUGUGAAAGUAGUUAGUGACAAAAUACCCCCCCCUUUUCAGUGGCCAAACGGUCAGCUGUAGCCGACCUGGGAAAGCUAGUGGUACCACACCAUGUACUGAAAACCUGUUCCUUAUCACACACUAGACUCAAGAAAUGCCACCUCUGAAUGGUGCCAUUCAAGGUGAUAGUGGUUUGAACGGAACAGUAAUCUAUGUGGAUAUUGUUAAAGUGUUUAAAGAAUAUUUUGAAAAUUAAGUUUACAUUUUACAAUUGCUUUAUUUUUAUUGAAAUAAUUGUAUAUAGCUAUUACCCUAUUUCCCUGUUAUUAAAGGUAACCCUUGCCUUGAAGACAAGUGGGCCAGCGGAUAUGUAUAGAAGAUGUGAUGUAGACAAGUAUCUUUCUCUAUUGUGUAAAUGGUCAUGAAUAUAACCGUCCCUGGAUUUUUAUAAGUUGAGGGCAUUUUGUUGUUUUACGACAACAAAAUUUAUUGCAUUUGAAAUGGUUUUUAUGUAAUAGAAAUCAUGCAAACAGUGAAGGAUUAUAAAAUGGUAUAUGUAAAUGUAUAAACUUUAGAAAGAAAUAAAUACAACAAAUUUCAAUCAU